AUGGCGUAUUUUGGGACAGAAAUUGCAAGCGUCAGAGGCGUAGGGACGGCCUUAAACGUGAUAUUUCGAUGCAGAUCAGUAAGAAGUAUCCAGCGCAAGAGAUGCCACCUUUUAAAGCCUGAUGUGAGAUCUUUCAGUGGCUCAAAUAGUGCAAAUUUUGAUGGAGAGAUAGAAACGCCAGUGGUCGCUAGACAGCCAUUCCCAAAAUGUCAAAAUGGCAUGGAUGUAACUAAGGUGUUGAAUGGACCUAAAAAUUUUAAUCGCAACAGAGAAUUCAUCUACCUACGCCAAUAUCUAGAAGAACCACAGGCUACUAAAUUAACUCGUUUUAUCAUGGCAAAUAAGUCUAUUCUAGUGUCAAUUUCCAUAGUAAUUACCGUCCUUGGCCUGGCUACAUAUGUAGGCCUUAUGGGCACAACUUGGGAGUACGAAGUGCAGAAACAAAUAGCCCUAAAGUUGCUCCAGGAGGGAGGAUUGGACGAUCGAAAAUAA